GUCUUUUUAUGCGACUAUUAUUUUUGGAAAAAGAUUUAUCUGAUCAUCUUGGCGUUGAUGCGUUUGUUCUGAUUGAUACCGAAGGCCUUGGUGCGCCGGAAAAGAUGAAUGAACCAGAAUCCGAAAAAAAAGAUAGAAUGUUAGCAACAUUUGCAAUGGGAAUUAGCAAUUUAACGAUUCUUAAUGUACUUGGAGAAUCUACGCGUGACUUGACCGAAAUUUUACAGAUAGCUAUUGUAACUAUUGCACGCCUUGAAGAGGCUGGUAUGGCCCCUAAUAUUCGUAUGGUACAACAUGUUUCCGAACGAAAUAUGUCAAAAUUUUCUGAGCCAGAAGAGAAAUUUCGAGAAGCUCUCCACGAGGCUUUGACAAUAGCAAAUGAAAAAGAUACUGCGGUGGGAAUAUCUAGUAUGAAGUGUCUUCAGAUUCUUGAUGAAAGAAUAAAAAAAGGCCAGCUACUUAAACAAUUUCGACCAUUCAAAAAUGGAGCAACUGCUCAUGCUCCGCCAUCGGGACAAUAUCAUGAAGAUGUCGUUGAUUUAUAUAAUUCUAUACUUGACGAUUGUAAAAACUCACUUGAGAGAAUUGAAUUUACAAAAUGGGGUUCAUUAAUUCAAGGCUAUUGGAGGGCUGUCUCUCAUGAGGGUUUUGCUGUUCGAUUUAGAAAUAUUAAAGAGAUUUAUGAUUUCAUUUAUCUUGGUGAACGAAUCGCAAAGGUAAAAGAAACUAUAAACGAGGCAUUCUUCCAACACGAGGAACAGAUUAUGCAAAAAUUUCGUACAGAGCUUCUUAAAUGGUCUCAUGACCAUAAAACAAAUUCUGAUCUUAAAAAUAAAUGUUCUGAAUUUUUAAAGAAGGAUCUUUCAUCUGAAUGUCUUGAAAUAAUUAACAAAGCUAGGGAACAGAUUAUGAACGAAAUGAAGGAUAACGCAAUGUCAGAUGGAGUACGCAAAGAAAAAGUUGAAGACAUAUGGAUGUUACUACGAGAGUAUAUAUCAUCAAAUUAUAAGAUUAGACCGGUAACAGAACAAAUAGAUGAAGAAGUCAAAGAUGUAUUUAAUAAUAUGGGAUCACUUUUUAAUAAGUACAAAGAAGGAACUUUACCGAAUUUGUCUAAAUGUAAAGCAUAUAUGGUAUUUAUUAGUAUCGGGACCUUUAGCGUGGAUCGUUGUCCGGCCAAGAAAGAUGCUGAUAAACUUGAAAAAGCACUUGAUGAUUUAGCAGAUGUAGUCUUAGAAAAAAAAAAUGCUCGCCAUUUUUAUUCUGGAAUU